CCGAGAUGUUCACGUCGAAUCCACCCAAAAUCCAGCUCCCUCCCUCCCGCUACCACCAGCACGCACCACCGCCGCCUACCACCACCCGGCCGGCGCCCCUCCCUCCGUCUCCACGUAUCUUUAUCAUGGUUCUCUCCCCCGCCCGCUGCCUCCCUUGCCUUGCACAUUCGGCUAGCAUCCGGAUCGAUUUGUUUACCACCCCUCAUCGGGUCGAGUGAGAAGGAAGCUGCCGCCAUGCACGUUGCUUGACGCGAGCUCAUCGGGGCCGACGACGCCAUGAGCGGGAGCAAGCGCGACGACCGGCGCCGGUGGCGGCUGUGGCGCUGGGCCGUGGUCUCCUUCGUGCUCGCGACGGCGGCGGCGGCGGCGGCGGCGGUGGAGGCGGGAGGCGCGGAGGCGACGGAGCUGGACCUCGAGGAGCGCCGGGACGAGCGGCGCGACCUGCUGGCGCUGCGCGACACGCUGCGGUCGGCGCUGGACCUGCACUCCAAUUGGACGGGGCCGCCCUGCCACGGCGGGCGCAGCCGGUGGCGCGGCGUGUCGUGCGACGGCGACGGCCGCGUGGUGGGCGUGGCGCUCGACGGCGCGCAGCUCACGGGCUCGCUCCCGCGGGGCGCGCUCCGCGGCGUGUCGCGGCUCCAGGAGCUGUCCCUGCGCGGGAACGCGCUCCACGGCGCGCUGCCGGGGCUCGAGGGCCUGCCGCGCCUCCGCGCCCUCGACCUCUCCAGCAACCGGUUCUCGGGCCCCAUCCCGCGCGGGUACGCCACGACGCUCCGGGACCUCGCGCGGCUCGAGCUCCAGGACAACCUGCUCAACGGCACCCUCCCGGCGUUCCGGCAGCGCGGCCUCGUCGUCUUCAACGUGUCCUACAACUUCCUCCAGGGCGAGGUCCCGGCCACCCGCACGCUGCGCCGGUUUCCCGCGAGCGCGUUCGACCACAACCUCAAGCUCUGCAGCGAGGCCGUGAACGCCGAGUGCCGGGAGGGCACGCCGUCUUCCGGCGCUCCGGCCGCUGGAGCCGGCAGCGACGGUCCGGUCGUGAGGCCGGCAGGCGACCGCGACCGGCCGGCACGGAAGCACACGCAGUUCUGGCUGGCGACGUGGAGCGUCGUGGCGAUGUCCCUCAUCGCCGCGUUGGUGCCGUUCGCGGCCGUGCUCAUCUUCAUGCACCACAAGAAGAAAGGCCGGGAGGUCCGUCUCGGCGGCCGUGGCGCAGAAGUGACUGGAGCAGGGGACAUCAAGGACAAGGCGGAGCAGGGCCGAGGGAGCGGCAGCCGGAGCACGGACUCCGGCAAGGGAGCCGAACUGCAGUUCUUUCUCGACGACAGCGCCCGGUUCGACCUCGACGAGCUGUUCCGGUCCACGGCGGAGAUGCUCGGCAAGGGCCGGCUGGGGAUCACGUACCGGGUGACCCUCGAGGCCGGCCCCGUCGUCGUCGUGAAGCGGCUGCGCAACAUGGCGCACGUGCCGCGCAGGGACUUCACCCACACCAUGCAGCUCCUGGGCAAGCUCCGGCACGAGAACGUCGUCCACCUCGCCGCGGCCUUCUACUCCAAGGAGGAGAAGCUGGUCGUGUACGAGCACGUCCCCGGCUGCAGCCUCUUCCAGCUCCUGCACGGGAACAGGGGCGAGGGGAGAACGCCGCUGCCGUGGCCGGCGAGGCUGUCGAUCGCGCAAGGAAUGGCGCGCGGGCUGGCGUACCUGCACCAGUCGCUGCCGUACUUCCACCGGCCGCCGCACGGCAACCUCAAGUCCUCCAACGUGCUCGUCUUCUUCUCGGCGCCCGCCGCCAAGGGCAAGCAGCAGCAGAAGCAGGCGGUGCCGAAGCUGACGGACCACGGGUUCCACCCGCUGCUCCCGCACCACGCGCACCGGCUGGCGGCGGCCAAGUGCCCCGAGUUCGCGCGCGGCGGCGGCGGCCGGCGGCUGUCGUCCCGCGCCGACGUGUACUGCCUCGGGGUGGUGCUGCUGGAGCUGGUGACCGGGAAGGUGCCCGUGGAGGAGGACGGCGACCUGGCGGAGUGGGCGCGGCUGGCGCUCAGCCACGAGUGGUCCACGGACAUCCUCGACGUGGAGAUCGUGGCCGACCGGGGCCGCCACGGGGACAUGCUGCGGCUCACGGAGGUCGCGCUGCUCUGCGCCGCGCCCGAGCCCGACAGGCGGCCCAAGGUGCAGGACGUCGUCAGGAUGAUCGACGAGAUCGCCGCCGGCGACGGGGCGGAGCUUGCCGGACGUUGAGCUCCACGGCGGUGCUGGGUGUGGGCUGAUCGACACGAUCUUCUUGGUUUGGAAUUUGUAUGAUUUUGUGUCUCAGUAUCGGUUUCGCCUUAGUUUUUUUUUUUGCUCCUUUUCAUUUGUAAGUAACAUUGUAAUCGAGCAGGAAGUAGUGCCAAUGCUCCCUGAUCGAUUGCUUUGCUGCAUCGGAGAGAAGGAUGUGAAGCUAGUUUGUUUAGUGCUGAAACUUAU